AUGUAUCAGCCGCUGCCCAAGUCGGUCAUCGUGGGCACUGCAGUCGUCUCGGUGCUACUUUUCCUCUUCUUUUUCCGUUCGACGGUAGAAAUUCACUUUAAUAACUCAGAAAGCCUGACCGAGUCCUACGACUUCCACGAAACCAGUGAAGAAGCGCAAUGUUUCAAAAAUACCCACGCGUUGUCGAAAAGCCCCAUUCCGAAAGUCGUGCACUUCCUCUGGGGAUUCGGGAAUCAUCCAGAAAUAACAUUUAUGAAUUACCUGGCAAUCCGAUCCGCGCUAAUCUCUCUCAAGCCAGACACGCUGAAGCUUCAUUACGAAGAGCUCAACAGAGACAAUAUCUGGUUUCGGAGACUGCAAGAUAGUAUCACGCUAGUCCACCAUAAUAUGACCGCUGAGUAUCCUAAACAAACUAAAGAGCACUGGCAGGUCAGCCACCUGGCCGAUGCUCUCCGCCUCGACAUCCUUCACCGCGAAGGCGGCAUCUACCUAGACGCCGAUGUUAUCGCUCUUAAAUCCUUUGAUACCCUACUGCAUAACCAACGAGACGUCAUUUUGGGUUCUGAGGGUGGUGACCGUCACGGCCUCUGCAACGCCAUCAUCCUCGCACGCCCAAAUGCGGCAUUCCUAGGCCAGUGGAUUGACAGCUACAGUGAUUUUGUUCCAUCGGAAUGGAACUAUCAUUCUGUCCUGCUACCAAAAGAGAUGUCUUUGGACCACCCUAGUGAAAUUUGCACGCUUGCUCCAACCGUCUUCUUCUGGCCGACGUGGACACAUAAACAUAUCCGCUAUAUGCAUGAGGAACUUAGUGAGGAAAAGGUUUUGGAGGUGGAGGAUCUGUUGGAUGCCUAUGGUGGUGCGCUGUAUUCCAAUCAACUGGCGUAUCAUGCAUGGAGCCAAGUGGCGAGGAAAGAGUAUCUGGACAGUCUAACCCCGGAGCUUGUGAGGGAGAAGGAUACUCGAUUCAAUCUGAUGGUUCGACGAUUUCUUUAG